UUAGUCGAUUUUUCUAACCAAUCAUAUUAAAAUGUCAAAAUGAUCAUAACAAUAAAAUUCUGGUUUAAAGUUUAAAAGUUUGUAAACUUACUUGGAUCGUUUAGUUUCUUCGUUUAAACAGGCAUUUUUCAUUCUGGUGACCAGCAAUGGGGCUCUUUCAAGCCUUGACUCGCCGCAAGUCCUUGGCAUUGGUGAUGAGUGAACCUUCACAGCUGGGCAAGGUGCUAUCAACCUUUGACCUGAUCGCUCUAGGUGUGGGCACAACACUGGGUGUGGGAGUUUAUCUCAUUCCAGGAGGGGUAGCUAGAGAUAGUGCAGGACCUGGAGUUGUUCUAUCCUUCUUCUAUGCAGCUGUAGCUUCCAUGUUAGCAGGUCUGUGCUAUGCUGAAUUCGGGGCAAGAGUGCCCAAAGCAGGCUCCGCAUACAUUUACAGCUAUGUAACUGUUGGAGAGUUCAUUGCUUUUAUUAUUGGCUGGAAUCUCAUCAUAGAAUACAUAAUUGGUGCAGCCAGUGUUGCUAAGGCAAGCAGUGUGUAUUUGGACGCUCUAUUUGACUAUGCUAUGGCAGAUUACUUCAAAUCUAUGUUCCCAGUAAAUCUACCUUUUUUGUCAGGAUAUUUUGAUAUGUUUGCAUUUGCUAUUUCAGUCGUUGUAUGCUUUGGACUUGCCGUGGGCCUGAAGGAGUCAAUAAUCCUUAACAAUCUUCUCUCAACUGUCAACUGCGGGAUCGUCAUCUUUGUCAUUGUUCUGGGCAGUUUUUAUGCUGAUUUCCAGAACUGGAAGCUGCCCAAGACCAUAGUACCAGUUGGGUAUGGUAGCGGAGGAUUUCUAUCAUAUGGUAUUGUAGGCACCCUACAAGGAGCUGCCACAUGUUUCUAUGGUUUUGUUGGAUUUGAUGUCAUUGCUACUUCAGGAGAGGAAGUACGUAAUCCCAGGAGAGCCAUUCCUAUAUCCAUCAUAGCCUCUCUGUUCAUCUGCUUCCUGGCGUACUCUGGAGUGUCUACAGUGUUGACUCUUAUGUGGCCUUACUACCUCCAGGAUGAGGAAGCCCCAAUACCAUAUGUAUUUGCUGAGCUCAACCUAGAGUGGGCCAAAUGGAUAGUUACUUUUGGAAGUCUUUUUGGAUUCGGAGCCAGCUUAUUCGGAGGUCUGUUUCCCCUCCCGAGGAUCAUCUACUCCAUGGCCCAAGACGGACUGCUGUUUGAGUGGCUUGGACAGGUUCAUCCAAAGUUCAAGACUCCCUUCAUUGGUACAAUCGUCUCAGGAGUAAUAACAGGUUUGAUGGCGGCUGUAUUUAGCCUUAAACAUCUGAUGCAGCUCAUGUCAAUGGCUACAUUGGUCUGCUACAUCAUAGUAGCAAUGGCAGUGCUUAUACUGAGAUAUCGCCAGGAGGGAGAUUUCAUAGAGGGAGGACUCUCUGACAGUGAAAACUCUCCUCUGCUGGCGUCCAAGUCUAAACAGACACAGGCCGAGAGCAGAUUUGACCCAACCAAACCUCCAUUCACACAUGUGCCUUUCAUGGUCUACCUGCUCACGUUCCUAUGUAUACUGUUGGUGAUGGGGUUGAUUCAUAUCCAGCAUAUGCCCUCGGGUAGUGACCCAGGCCUGUGGUCGUACUUCUGUGUAGUCCUCGUACUUCUGAUAGGUCUCAUGCUGGCCUGCUUCCAGGGAAUGCCUCAUGGCACUUCUUCCAUCAUGUUUCAGGUGCCUGGUCUACCUCUGACUCCGACAAUCAGCAUCUUCCUGAACCUCUACUUCAUGUUCAUUAUGGAGUUUGACACCUGGAUACGCUUCAUACUGUGGAUGAUUGUUGGAUUACUCAUCUACUUCUUUUAUGGACUGAAACACAGUAAAGCAAAUAAUGAAUCUGACAAGCCAACCUACGAACAGCUUCAGAACAGUGACUAGUCUAAAUGUUAGGUUUUGUUUUGUCUUACUACGAUUUGUAAGUACAAGUUUGUUACAUAUUUGUUUGUUAAGAAUUUUUUAACAUCGACCUUUUACUAGCCAAUAUUUUGCUUUAGCAGUAUUAAACUUUGGAGGAUCUGGUGUAUUAUUAAGUGAUAAGCAAGUGAUCAUUUUAUACCAGGCAUUAUCUGAUAAAAUAAUAAUUCUUUAUUUUAUGUUUUAUCAAAAUUUAUAAGCAGGAGUUUAGUCUAUUAGUCUAUUGUAUUUACAACACAUUUUGCAUGUAGGCUAGUUUAAAUAUGUUUUUUCGAAUUUAAUCUAUUUGUUCUAUACCAUUUUAGUGUAAUUUAAUUUGUUAAUCUUUUAUUAUAUUUGUAUUUCCAUUAGAAUUUAUAAAAGUUAUGAUUUAUUUUAAUUUACUUUAGGUAUGCUCUUUACUCUAAUAAUAAUUCUGUAUUGAACAUUAUUUGUUGUUUGUUAGAUUGUGAUUUCCCUUCUACAGUAAUAUUAAGAUUUAUGUUGUUUUAUUCGUACAAAGAUUGCAUUUUUUAGGGCUAUGAGAUUAUAACCUAAUAUUAUAUACCUUAUAAGGUCAACUGUCCACAAAUUACAAUGUGAUUAGAUAGAGGAUAUUUUACUUUUCACCCAUUACAUAAUUUUAUGUAUAGAUAGUUAUUUUUCUUUUAUUGAAAAAUAAAUGUGUUAAUGUUAUGUUGUUCAAUGAGAGUUAAGUUUUUUAGAUUUAAUAUGUAAUUCAUGUGAUAUGUGUGAUGUUAGUACAGUUAGUAUUUAGGACAGAUAUUUUGUGUUAAAAAAGUAAAGCUGUAAAAACCCGUUCCCUGUUGUGCCUUAAUGGCUGUUAGUCAAAACAUAUUUUCUGACUAAAAUCAAUCUGUAAAUUCUGUUCUUAACCUCUUUAUAGUGAUGUAUGGUAGAUUUGUUGUACUAUGAAAAACUGGGAAUUGGGAAUUUUAGAUGAGAAAAUGGGGGUGAAUUUGAAUUUUAGAAGCUAUGUAAAAUUACAUGGAUAUUUUGAGAAACAAAAAACUCUGACUUUCAAAUAGACUUCAUAGUGGGCGUUUAAAGAGUGCAUCUAGUUUUUAUCUCAUUUCAAUGCCACAUUAACUCUCCGAUUCUUUGGAUCUGCCAAGUGCUACAUGACUGUGUAAACAAAACCUUGAUUACAGAGAAGUAAAAUACAGAGGAUACGUUGGAUUGUACAUUUAAGUGGUGUCUAGCUCUAACACCAGUCUCUGGUUUCUAGAUUAAAUUAUAUUUGUCCCCUUCCUCUCUCCUUUCCCCCUAGCCCUCACGCUCUACAGCCCUCACGUUGUAGGAAGAUCCUGUGUGCUACAACUGCUGUACAACAACGCUAUGUGGGCAUCCUUGCUCAUUACAAGUACAUUUCCGCCCCAACUUACCAGAGCUAAAAGAUCACGGUUCUCUCAUAAGCUUGUAUGUAUCUGACUUCUCCGUGUCUUGAUACACUACCUGUCAAUGCUACAGAAUGUAACAUUAUACAUUUUGCUGUGAAAAUAACAAUGCUUAUCGCUUUUGGUAUAAUUUACUCAUUACAAAACAUGUUAUUUUUACUUACUAGGUUACUAUAGAUUAAUAAAUAAGCCACAUUGACUUUAAUAAAUUUAUAUACUUUUCAUUUUGUAGCUUUUAAAACCCUUCUUUUGAUUAACCUUAUUAUUUAAUAUUUACUACAUUCUGGAUCUUCCGGUGAGAGUUGCAUCAAAUUUGUAUUUACACAAUUUACAAAACCCUUUCCAUUUACACUUCGCCCACUCUACGAUGUGUCUCAUCCUCAUCAGUGAUAAAGCUGAGACUUUUUUAAAAAUAACAAUUUGACCCAGCUCUCAUCGGACAACCUAGAACGUAGUGGUGACACAUGCCACUUAACACAUUUGCUGCGGCCCGUCAAUGACAGGCGUAGACCUGGUGCGGUGCAGUGUAGAAUGAACCUGAUUGCCGGUUGAUCGGCUUUCAAAUAUUUCGGUCUGACGAAUAGCAAAUAACGUUCCCUGAUGUGCUGCUUUACAAAAAGAGUCGGCGUAUUUCGAUAAAACACCCACAGAUAGUAGCACUACUUGGGAGGUAGCCGGUUCUAUUGUAUUGCCAAUUGGAGGGAGGAAAACGGGACAAGUUGAUUUCUAAGCUAGCCAGACAGGGAUUUUACAGGGAAAUUUACAACCAACCACAAUUAGAGACUGGUAUUAGAGACACAAUACUAACGCUUACCAACCGUCCUCGGCUUGAUCCUGACUGGGCAAACAAUGCAUUGCACACUCCCUGGUGACGCAGCCGUUUCGCACCACGGCACCCCAUGCGUCACCGCAGCAAAUGUGUUAAGCCUACAAAUAAAAAUUUUACAUUUACAAGUUUUUUAAAUUGUUUUUUUUUACCUGAAAGUAGGAACAAACUAGUCAUAAUGUAUCAGUCAGUAGAUAAAAAUAAGAGUGGUUUAGAUGGUCAAUUUAUUCAACUUGAUCUUCUUUUAUAAGUAGAUAACAAUCAAUAUUAGGAUACGUUAAUGAUUACAAUGGUGUUGGUAUUGUUAAACAUAGGGACUUUGACUAAUUGACAUGGAUGUGUCUAUAGUUUUUAACUAUGUGUAUUUUUAAUACUAGGUUUUUAUUGGAUUGAGUAAAAGCAGAAGAAUAUGUAAGUGUCAGUCAUAUUCUAGUCUUUAGGAAACUAACUCCAGUAAAUGUUCUCGAAUAAAUUUACUAAAAGAGUGCCUAAAUAUGAUCUUUUUUAUAUCGAGUUAUUGACAUUUUUCUGAUUUAUUUUUAAAACACUCAAGGAUUAUAAUAUGCAACACGUUGAUUUUUUUUUGUUUUUUUUCACACUAACACAUAAAUGUGUAUUUUAAGGUAAAUAAGUAAAUAUAAAAGCUGAGUGAGUAUAGUGAAGUGUAAUUAUUUGUAGAGUAAUGAUAUCUGUGUAUGGACAAAUGAGUUGGCUUUUAAUCAUAACUAGUGGUCGUCCUGUGGUCGAAACUCGACCAAAAAUAAUUAAUGUACAGACUUCUCUAUUUUCUCCCCACACUAUGUAAAUAAAACAUAUGAUUGGAAUUUCUCCAUUUGUUUUGAUUUUCUGUUUACAUUUUGUUGUUAUUUCGUCACCAUCAUGGCAACCCAUAUGGUUCAUGUUAAUUUUUUGAAGUUUUCAAAUUCAUUUUUUGUUCUUAUUUGUUAGCCUAUUUUAAUUUUUAAAGGCAUUCUGCACAUCUACAGGAAAAUAUCUUUCCAACAGUAUACGUAGAUUUUCCCUGCGAUGCACACGAGCUGAGAAAAAAGGUUUUAAAGAAACAUGCUUGCCUAUUAAUAUAUAGAUAGAUGCCAAUCAUAAGCUCAAUGAACUGUGUUGUACUGUAUGGUUAAGUUACGGAUUUAUAUCUUAUUUGCUAUAUUUUCUGUUGUUAUUGAUUGUUGCCGUUGUAUGAUUACCUAUACAAAAUAUCUGUAAACUUUUGUAAAACAAUAAAGAGGUUUAUUUUAUAUCA